AUGAGUCACUCUUCAUUACACAGUGUCUAUACUGCUCUAGUUUUGGCUCUUUCCACAUCAUCUUUUGGCUUGAGUCUUACAUCGGCUAACUCCUUUGAAAGCAUACUCAAAAACGAAUCUCUCUUCACUCUUGCUGUUGCUCUAGUGUACUUUGGUGCUUUGUUUUCUAAUUUCUUCAUAAGAACUAUUCAUGGCUCAGAUAAAGUGAAGCUUGUAAUUGCAAACAUUCUUUUUGUUCUGGGAUAUUCUCUUCCAUUCCUGGGCUUUGAUUUUAAUAUUCUUGCUGUCUCCCGAUUUAUCAUUGGCACGGCCUUUGGCAUUGUAAAUGCCAUAGUUCCAUUAUACAUUUCCAAUAUAUCACCCCAAAAAGCCAAAACAUUCCUAACAACCCUAAACAGUGCUGGCUGUAGUUUGGGGAUAGCACUGGGUCAUUAUUUAAAUGUCUCGUUUGAUUCUCAUGCAAUUCUCAGAUAUAUCAUCCUAUUUACGGCUGUUCAAACUUUUCUUCUCAUAUUUAUCUUGCCAAACAAAGCUGGGCAAACCCAUUUUUUUAAUUCCUGUACUAACCUUUUUGAAAAUCAAAAAGCCUUAAAAGCACUUUUAAUAGCCUUGUCCUUACACAUUUCUCAACAACUCUCAGGCAUAAACUACAUGACUAUUUUUACGAAUCGUUUAUUUACAGACAAACAUGCAUCAGUAAAGUUUAAUUCAAUUGCUACUGCUGUAAUAUUUCUUUCAGGCUACAUUUUGAAUACGCUUGGUAAGCGCACUGCCUUAAUGUUCAGUGUCGCCUGUGUAAUUGGAUCAAUGCUACUCAUUCAAUUUAGGGUCUUGGAUGGGCUGUCUGUUAUUAUUUAUUUUAUUGGAUUUAACAGUGGAUUAAGCUCAAUACCUUGGACUUGCCUGGAUGAAUUAUUUGAAGAAUCAGCCUUGGAUUUUGGGUCCUGGUUUGCUAUAUCAACAAACUAUUUAAUGGCCUUUCUAAUGACUUACGGCGUGUCCCUUCUUACUAAGUUUUUAGGCAACUAUCACUUUUACUUUUACAUUGUUUCAAUGUCAAUAGCCUCUUUGGUAUUGUGGAUAGUGUACAAGCCAGAAUCCAUGCUCAAAACACCACAGUUAGAGUAA